GAGAGAGAGAGAGAGAGAGAGUGAAGAGGAGAGAAUGGCAGGAGGGUUUGGAGGAGCAGGAGUUCUACAUGAGAGGGCUCAACAAUAUGAGUCUAGAAUCACUUGGUAUUUCAUCUUUACUGUCAUUGUUGCAGCCCUGGGAGGCUCUCUCUUUGGCUAUGAUCUUGGUGUUUCAGGUGGAGUGACUUCCAUGGAUGAUUUCUUGAAGGAAUUCUUUCCUAAAAUUUAUAGAAGGAAACAGUUGCACCUCAAUGAGACCGAUUACUGUAAAUAUGAUAACCAGAUACUGACACUCUUCACAUCCUCUUUGUACUUUGCUGGCCUGAUUUCGACAUUUGGAGCUUCCUAUGUUACCAGAAACAAAGGCAGGAAAGCCAGCAUCAUUGUUGGAUCAAUCAGCUUCUUCUUAGGUGCUAUCCUCAAUGCUUUUGCGAAAAACAUAACAAUGUUGAUCUUUGGAAGAAUAUUUCUUGGUAUUGGCAUUGGAUUCGGAAAUCAAGCAGUUCCAUUGUACCUCUCAGAAAUGGCUCCUGCAAAGCAUCGAGGUGCAGUUAACCAACUUUUUCAGCUGACUACCUGCUUGGGGAUUUUGGUAGCCAACUUGAUCAAUUAUUUCACUGAGAAGAUUCAUCCUUGGGGUUGGAGACUGUCGCUUGGUUUAGCUGCAGUGCCGGCAGUUCUUAUGUUUGUUGGGGGUCUCUUUCUUCCUGAGACCCCAAACAGUCUUGUAGAACAAGGCAGAUUAGAAGAAGGAAGAAUGAUACUGGAGAAAGUGAGAGGUACAACAAAAGUUGAUGCAGAGUUUGCUGACCUGCUUGAUGCAAGUAAUGCAGCUCGAGCCGUUAAGCAUCCAUUCAGAAAUCUACUUGCACGAAAAAAUCGUCCCCAGUUGGUGAUUGGGGCGUUGGGAAUCCCGGCAUUCCAACAGCUCACCGGCAUGAACUCUAUCCUCUUCUACGCCCCCGUCAUAUUUCAGAGCUUAGGUUUUGGCUCAGGGGCAUCCCUUUACUCAUCUAUCUUUACCAGUGGAGCGCUUGUUAUUGCAGCACUUAUUUCAAUGCUUUGGGUCGAUAAGUUUGGCCGAAGAGCUUUCUUCUUAGAAGCUGGUACCGAAAUGAUAUGCUGCCUGGUAAACUCUGGUUCUAAUGAAGCUCAUUUUUCUUCCCUAAUUUGUAUUUGCAUACUCACUGGAUUGUUCAAUAUACUGCAGGUUGCUUUGGCCAUCACUCUAGCACUGAAGUUCGGACAAGGAGAAGUCCUUCCGAAAGGAAUUGGAAUCUUCCUUGUGAUUGUCCUCUGCGUAUUUGUUUUGGCCUAUGGACGGUCUUGGGGUCCUUUGGGGUGGCUAGUUCCAAGUGAGCUAUUCCCCUUGGAAACAAGAUCAGCAGGACAGAGUGUUGUUGUGUGUGUCAACCUCUUCUUCACAGCUUUGAUAGCACAGUGCUUCCUCGCGUCCCUAUGCCAUCUUCGAUACGGGAUUUUCCUGUUGUUUGCAGGCUUAAUAGUUAUCAUGAGUUGCUUCAUCUUCUUCCUCCUGCCAGAAACAAAGCAGGUCCCAAUAGAAGAAAUAUAUCUUCUCUUUCAGAAACACUGGUAUUGGAAAAGAAUAGUAGGAGAUGGGGAGCAAGUUGAACCUAGUGGGAAGACAGGAGCAGUAGUUUAGAAUAUGGCACAAACACAUUGUGCGGACCUCUCAUAGUUGGUUUUCGGUUUCAGUUUUAAUUUUUAUAAAUAAUCAAGUAUUAGUUUCAACAAAUGUGGAAAUUGUCAUAUGUGAAUACCAGUGCAUGACUUAUAAUCUGCCUCACCUCCUCUUAAGCCUUAUGAAAAUGAGUAUCCGACUAUUUUUAGUUGUGAAUAUCUUAUUCUUAUGAUCUGAUGAGGUAAUGAUUUUUGUAAAAGAGAACUUUGUCCUUGGCUAUGAACAAGUUGACUUUCCUUAAGAGUUUGUUCACAUAGG